CUUCUCCACGCGCUCUAGCUGACAGAGCCUCCGGCUGCGUUCUGCUUCCUUCCGCGAACGGAACUAGUCUCCUACUGCGCACCAGCCUAACGAAACACGGCAGCUGACUGCGCGCGGGUUACACCAAGCUGCGGCUUUUUCCUCGUGAAGAUCUCUUAUCGUACACAAGAUGAAAGUUGUUGGACCUACGUGCGCGCUGAAGAGCAAGGCUGGCGGCGAGGACGUGGUGCGCUGUCUGUCCGACCAGAGCCUCGCCAUCUCCAAGUGCAAGAUUCCCCUUCUGGACGACCAGAUGAGCGCGUUCCUGCAGGACAUGAACAGCUGUUACAGCAAGCUGAAGGAGCUCGUGCCUACCUUGCCACCCAACAAGAAGGCCAGUAAAAUGGAGAUCCUGCAGCACGUAAUCGAUUACAUCCGGGACCUGCAGGUGGAACUCGCCUCCCCGGGAAUUAACCGGCAGCAGGGGACAACCGGCACGCGCACACCCCUUACAACGCUGAACGCGGAGCUCAGCAGCAUCUCGGUGGAGAACGGCUGCUCAGAUGACCGAAUCCUGUGCCGUUGAGAUCCAGGACCGCACGGACUCGUCAGUAAAGCCGUCGGUGAGGAUCCAGUGCGUCACGCGCAGAAGACGCCGAGAGCGCGGCAGCCCCCAUUCCGCGCGUGGCACGCGUUGCUCGAUCACCGUGGACUGUGUCGUGCCUGAUGCGUCAGCAUACGAAGGUCCGGUUAGUCCCGCCAGGCCUCCGGGCAGGCGGUGAAACAGCGUCAUAGUAUUAUGCUGUCUGUAUUAGAUGUUAUUGAAGACCACGUCGACUGACUAUACCUUAAACGUUUCUGUUCUCUUUUGUAUUUUUUUAUAAUGUACACAUAGAGAAAUUUAUUUUUUGUAAACAAAAGUCGGUUCUCAGAUUUCUGAGUUAUAUUUGUAUUGUAUAUUACAAUGCCUUAAGAUGUCCGCAUUCAUGUUGUAUUACAAUGUAUGUAAAUAGUGUUUUUAUUAAUACAGAUAGUAUUUUGGGGAAAAAAAACUGGUUGUAUCUGUCGUAUUUAUGUAUUGAGUUCUUUAUGUAGACCAUGUAGCCAAUUUUGUUUUCUUAAAGACUUAAGACAAACUUUUCCAUUUAGGUUAACUAAGUUUUACCAAGCGUGUUUAUAAAUGUGAUAUGAGACUGCAACAACACCAGGAGAAAGAAAUCCUGUCUUUCAAUACUUAAUUCAUUCCAUGUUUCUUACAAAGGAAUGUUGCAGGAAUAUUCUGUUUCGUUAGGCUCAUUAAAGCAAAAUUUAAUUAACCAACCAACUCAUGAACUAGACCACGUGCCUGGGGAUGUUCCAUGCACUAAACUGAUACAUAUCAGGUGGAUCGACUUACAGAAGAAUAAGAAUAAUGCAAGGAAGAAGCAAGCAAGAGCUCUUAUUUGGGGUUAUAACCUACAAGAUACCAAACAUUACAUAUCAGUAUAAAAUAUAUUCAAAUGUAA